AUGUGGCCAGCCCACGAGUUCCUGCAUGUCAAACGAGACUGGAAUCAGAGCGCGGAUCGGUUAGCCAACACCGCGUUGCACCAACAAGAGGGCAUAGCGGUUACCUCGGAAGUGGACCGCGACGAUUUGGUUGUCCUUACCCGGCUUCAGGAGCUCCUACUCCCGAAGGACGACGAUCCUGUCGCCGGGUGGCCGCGACGACCCGAUCAAGUGCUGCCGCUGGAUGUGGUACAACGCAUCAGGACGGACCGGAUCCAGCGAGCACAAGACGAAGAGAAAUGGGUCGUAAACCUCAAUGCGUAUCUGUCAGGCGACUUUGGAGAGUUGGAUGGCGGUGAGGCGCGGGCGGUUGGCAAGAUCGCGGGCGACUACGACGUGGACGAAAGUGGGCUGCUUUUUUACAGCACGCACGCGGGAAGAGACGACGGCGACCGCGAUCGACUGGCGAAGCUAGUGGAACCGGAAGAUUUGCAGCAAGAUGUACUCCACCACUAUCAUACAAGUCUGGAGGGAGGGUCGGAAGAACUUACCAGCGGAUCAGGACGCACUUUCACUGGCGCGGUCUGUUUAAGAGUGUACGACGAUACGUGGGACAUUGCACGGAUUGUGAAACCGGGAAGGGACGCCCAACUCUACGAGGAGAGUCGACGGAAAAGGAACACCGAGCUGCUCUUCUGGGUCGACCUCUUCUCAGGUUAUGUGAUGGCCAAGGCCAGCGCGUCACGAACCGCGCAAACGAUCGCGGAGAGCUACGAGGAAUGUGUAUUCCCAGAUUUGGAGCAAGCGAAGCCAUCCGGCACGAUCAUACAGCGUGCCACUAUGGUGUACCGCCAACAAGCCAAUGGACGUACGACCGUGUUCGAGGCGAAACGCCGUUCUAUUUGGUCCAUGGAUGGGACGCUCGAUCUACGCUAG